UGAAAAAAUUCCGAAUGAUAACAACUUCCGGUUAAAAAAAUGUAGAAAUCCAUUUUCAUAACCAACUUUAUCGUGAUAUGGCUGCAACUAGACUUGCAAAUGGAUCUGUUGGGUCUCCUCCUAGAUUAGGGAGUCAUGCAUUGAGCUGGACUGAUGACUUGCCUGUUUGUCAGCUUUCUGGGGUUGGAUUCUCAACAAAUCAACUGUACAGAGAAGACGGUUUCAGACAAGAAGAACAUGAAUUUGAAGAUAGAAGUUUUCAUUUUAGAUUACUAGAUACAGAAAGCUUUUUAUAUGGAGUUUUUGAUGGACAUGAUGGUAGUCGAGUGGCCAACUUCGCUGCACAGAGAAUGCCAGCUGAACUACUUCUUGGACAACUGAACAACAACAAUACUGAUGAUGAAAUUAAAGAAAUACUUUAUCAGGCCUUUAUUGCUGUUGAAAAGAGUUUCUUUGAAUCCAUUGACCAUAUUUUUGCUGAAAAGACCACAAUACAGUUACAAUUACCAGAGGGUAUCAGUCACUAUGAAGCCUGUAAACAGUAUCCAGACACCAUGAAACAGCUUGACAACUUAGAAAAAGAAAUAUCAGGGGGAACAACUGCUACAGUCUCACUUAUCUACAAAAAUAAGUUAUUUGUGGCUAAUGUAGGUGAUACAAGGGCCUUGCUAUGCAUCACUGACCAAGAGGGCAUGCUUCGUGUCAUGCAGUUGUCAGUGGACCACUCGUUAACCAAUGAAGAGGAAUGUAACAGGAUGGCAUUGUUAGGUCUAGACAUGGAGAAACUGAAACAACAUAGACUGAUAGGAAGUUCUGACAGUACAAGAUGUCUAGGAGAUUAUCAUGUGAAAGGAGGAUAUAAAGAUAUUGACCUAUUGACGGAUGCAAGCAGGGAACCAGUGAUUGCUGAUCCUUAUGUUCAUGGAGGUAUACCUUUGGACAAAUCCUCCAGUUUCUUGAUUAUAAUGUCCGAUGGAUUAUAUCAAGCUUUACAAGAUGCCAUCCAGUGUGAUCGUGUCAAUGUUGAAGUGGCUCGCAUGGUGGCAGCAGAGUUUUCAAUUCAGGGCACACUGCAUGGUGUUGCACAGGCUGUUGUUGACAAGGUUGUAAGAAUGCAUCAUGAUGCAUAUAUGACUGGCACCCCAGAAAUAAAGAGUCUGUGUAAGAAACGAGGGGACAUAACUCUACUGGUUCGAAAUUUUAAUUAUCCAUUAGCAAAUGCAAUUAAUUCACCGAACCGAACUGGACCUUAUAAUCCAUUGUCUCCACCAACUCCAGCAAGAAUCCCGAGUCAUUUACCGCUGACUCCAUCUAUUAGUAUAGAACUGUCAGAUCACAGCAGUUCCCAAUCCCCAGCUGGAACUCCCACUCCUACAAAACAGAGGUCACCACCUAGAGACAUCAUGUUAACCACAACAAGUACACUAGCAUCAACCUUACCUGACUCAACAUUGAAUACCAGUAAUGGGGGUACCAGUACAGAAUCAUCAACACAAAGUAGUGGAGAUACCAGGUUUCCUAGUCGAUUUUACCAAUGUGCUAAACUAGAACUUGAUGAAGAUGGUAAAAUUGAACCAUAUGUUGAUUUUUCAGACUUUUAUAAAGCAAUUGCAGAAUUAACAGAAGCACAGAGAGAGACAUUGAAUGCAGAGACUAAUCCCAAAUCUGGAUAUGAGACAAUAACAGAGGAAUCUGAGACUUCACUUACGUCAGGACCAGAAAAUUAAAAUUUUAUGAUGUACUUCUGUUUUCUUGACAGAUUGUUUUAUAUGAUAUAGGUCUGUGUUUGUAUCUUAGUUUGUUUGUUGGAUAAGGUUUACUAUGAAAAUAACACUAUACAAAUCUUCUUAAAGACAACAUAAGGAUGUUCGCUACUCUGUUUCAAAAUAACAAGCUUUUUAAAAGACUAUUAUAAAUUGAUAGUAUAUAGACAAAGGAACUAUAAAAGCAGAAAAAAAAUGAAGGGUCCUUGAGCUUUCUUUUGAGAUAUAAGCCAUUGAAAAUUUAGCGGGAAAUAAUUCUCUAGAUUUUUCAUAUAUUUAACAUUGGCACCUUUUUUCUGUCAAAAAGUAUGAAAAAAUAACAAGGAUUUAAUAAGAUUUUCAAAAGAUGGCAUUUUAAACUAUAUGUAAUCAAAUUAUGAAAAGAAAAGAAGGGGUUAGUGGGCAAAAAUUUUCAAUGGCACUACAUGGAUAAAACCAGAGGAUUCUGAAUAUCUGGCAAAAAUUCAAAAACAAGAAGAGCGAACAUCCUUAAGUAAGCCUUUUUUCACUUGAGUCACAAUUGAUUUAAUAGCUGAAGGUUAAUUUAGAAUUGAACUUAUAGUUGCAAAAAUAUAAAAUAACAUAUGGCAUAUUUUAAAUAGUAAUAUAAUUUUGAUGUCAUUUUCAGUACUUGUAUAUGAUUUCUUGGUUGUCUAUUGUAUUUGAUAAUGAAACUUGUAGUCCAAAGUGAUAAACAAAUUUCCUAAGGCGAGUUUAUUACAAACAGAGUGCAUCUUGUCUGAUUAUUUGAAAUUACUGUUCUCAAAAACCUUGUAAGGGAUCUGUAUACAUUUGCAAGGUUUUUGGGGUAAAGAUUGCAUUCAUGAAAUCAAAAAACCCUUAUGUGACUGGCUUGGUAGUUACAAGUUUUCCAGAUUUUAUCACCACUUUUUGAUAUACACAAAACAUAGAUCACAACAUUCUAUACAUCCUACCUAUGAGAAUUUCAAGAAAUUUACAUUGCAAUGUCUAAUUUUUAGUUUCCACUGUAAACUGAAUGCAAUCUUUACCCUUCAGUGCUCACAAAACAACUUUGAUUAUUAAUGCGAAUAAUGCAACUGGAUGAGUAUAGCUAUAGAUAGAACUCGCAUUCAGAUAUCUUAAUACAUUCAUCUGUAUGCAGGUUUUCCUGAAAUCGCAAUAGUUAAUCUGACAUUUGAUGGUUCCUAGUUGUUGACAAUGAAACAGUUGAUGGUUCCUAGUAUCAUGUGAUCAAUCUCCUGGAUAUUUACAGACUUUAUUUUUAAAGUUAUUGUACAAUACAUAUAGUUUUAUAACAUUGAUAUUUAUUCCAAUGGAAGCUUUGUUGCCAGGAUUUAUUUCUGCAAGCUAGGGUAAUUUCAGGUUUAAUUUAGAACAAUACUAGUUGCUAUUGUAAGUUUUAAUAAAAAAAAUUUAUGGAUAA